CUUCUUCCGUCCCGUCCAUUUUACUUUUCGCCGGCUGUGAGUGCGUGAAUCACUAGUAAUUUUCCUCAAUUUUCUCGUUGCUUUCUAUUUCUGUGAUCGUAAUAUUUAGCAUCCAAAGUAUGGCUGACAACAAAGAGAGAUCCUUCAUCAUGAUCAAACCCGAUGGAGUUCAACGAGGACUCGUCGGUAAAAUUAUCGAGCGAUUCGAGAGCAAGGGCUUCAAGCUGGUCGCCAUGAAGUUGGUCCACGCCAACGAAGACCUCCUGAAGAAGCAUUACUCUGACCUCUCCGCCCGUCCUUUCUUCCCAGGUCUAGUUAAAUACAUGUCUUCUGGACCAGUUGUGCCCAUGGUUUGGGAAGGUUUGAACGUUGUUAAAACUGGACGUCAAAUGCUUGGUGCAACCGACCCCAAAGACUCAGCUCCCGGAACCAUCAGAGGAGACUUCUGCAUCCAAGUUGGAAGAAACAUCAUUCAUGGAUCAGACUCUGUCGAUUCGGCCAAGAAAGAAAUCAGUCUCUGGUUCCCUGAGAAAGAAAUCUUCAACUGGCAGCCAGCUAGUUACUCAUGGGUCUACGAAAACUAGUGAAACCCUCAUCAGCCGGUUCCUCGUCAAGAUAAAACUCAGCUCCUAUAGUUGCAUUUUUAAAUCGUUGCAUUUGCCAACUCCGUACUUUUCGGUCACAGAUAGGAUCUCACAAACCACUGCAAUCAAUCAGUUCAUUGGUUUGAAGAAUUUUAAUGAAUAUUUAUCCAGUGAAAAUUGAAACUGUACAUCUGUUAUCCCUGUGUUUUAAUUUUUGUUAUACAAUGAAUUUACUCUUAAGAUUCACGCCUUUUUAAAUGUUUUAUCGUCUUGUCUACUCUAAGUAGUUGUUUACCCAUUUAAGCCUUAUUUGUACUUCCAUCUAAUUAAGAAAAUCAAAUUAAAAAAUAUUCUGAUUUUAAAA